AUGGGAUUUUUUGAUUGGACCCAAAAGAAGCUACGAAAGAAUCAAAAUCACUCAAGAUCAAAAUCACCUUCGGAAUCCAUGACUUUGGAUGAUUCAUCCAACCAUAAUAGGCCAAUGAAUCUCACUGGUUCUGUGGAUAUUGUUACGUAUGGCGUGCCUUUUGUUAUGAACCAAACUCACGCACAAGAAUUUGUUCGGAGAUCUUUACCGUUUCCAUUGGGAGCUCAGAUCAAGGAAAUUAUUGCAGGAGGAACAUUCUUUGUCGUUCGUAGUGAUUCCGAUGAACUCUUUUUUAAAUCUACCAGUGCAUCUGAUGCAAAACAAUUAAUGUCCUAUCUUUCAGAAACAAACCCAACCAAUCCAUCUUCCAUGCAUGGAGUGUUGAAUUAUUGUCAAAUUGAUUACAAGAAGAAAAUUGUAGAUUUGAAACUAAAAGACAGUAGUAACACAUGUUAUGUGUUGAGUGAAGUAUAUUGUGGACAAUAUUUUGUGAUACUAAGAAUGAUGAACGAUUUAUUGGUUUAUCUCAGCGUGACCAAUUUUACAACUUUGGUAGAUGAAAGCUAUGUGACUUCAGGCAGAAAAGAGUUGAAACAAAUCUAUGUUGGUCCUUUGAGCCAACACAUGAUUGCUCUCAAAACUGAUAAUACUUUUGACUAUUUUGAAUGUUAUCAACGAUUUAACAAGACAACAGACAAACAUCUCGUUUCAAUCCCAAGAGGGCACGUCAUUGUCAAUUGUGCAUGUGCUGGACGAACCACUUUUAUAGUCGUUGAAGAUCCAUCCAAUCAUUCUCAUCAUUUAUAUGUACACGGAGACAAUCAAUUUAUGGUUCAGAGCGGAUUCAACAGCACUGCUAGUUUUGCUGAAUUGACGAACACACCGUUCGUAGGAAAGAGAGUGAAAGACAUCAAAUGUGGCUAUUUUCAUACGUGUAUAUUGUUAGAAGAUGGCUCUGUGUAUACAUGUGGUUACAAUGCAUAUCAUCAACUUGGUUAUUCUGGAGGAGACUCUGAACUUAAACAAGUUCAAUUUCCUAACAUGCCCUUACAAGAAGACUCAUACUCGCAUUCAGUACAUGAUGAAGCCAAUAGUUUCCAAACGAAACAGGUUCUCUGUUCGUCUAUUGCCACACUCUUCAUUAAUGACACGGGUUUUCUCAUGGUUGGCGAUCCAAUUUCAUCAUUGCGUAGAAAGGGUCUAUUUGCUUCAGGUGUACAGGCCUUCCAUUAUUUAUUUGGAGAAGACUCAAUAGAAUUGAUACCUGGCUCAAAACCUCUUCAUUCCAACUCGGUAGCAGUUGGAGGAUGGCAUUUUGUUGUUUACAACAAAACCUCCGUGUCAACCAAGUAUUUAAAGUAUUUCUUUAACAAUUUGGAACGAUUUUCCAAGAUGGUGGCGCAUAGUGAGACAUCUGAAAAGGUGACGUCACAAUUUUCAGACAUUUCUUUGUUAUUCUAA